UCAACUUCAUCAUCUGCAAACUCGUCUUGUCAAACUUUCUUCAAUAUCUCAACUACUAAUGAUCAAGAUCAAAUAGGAUAUAAUUAUCAUACUCAAUUUCACCAGCCACAACACCAACACGAGGUUGAUAAUUUUGCUUCGGGAAGUGGAUCACAUGAUCAUGUAGAGAAGAAAAACAAGGGCCUCAAAUUAACCUUGUGGAAAAAAGGAGUGAAGAAAAUGAAGAAUUCAGAUGGUGCAAGCAUGGAAGUGGCAAAUACUACUAAUCAUACGAAUAUCAAAUUGAAAUUGGAAGAUCAAAAACAGCAUAUGGAAACUGAUUACAGCGGCAACAGCUCUUCCAACAAUAUCCCAAUUAGGGUUUGUUCUGAUUGCAACACUACUAAGACCCCUCUUUGGAGAAGUGGUCCUAAAGGCCCUAGGUCGCUGUGUAACGAAUGUGGAAUUCGACAAAGGAAAGCAAGACGAGCAAUGGCAGCAGCGGCAGCAGCAGCAAAUGGGACAAAUAUCACAAGUACUGAAACAUCAACAACAACUACAAUGAAGAUAAAGGUACAACAACAGAAACAAAAGAUAACAAUGAAUACCAAUCAUGUUGUACCCUUCAAGAAAAGGUGCAAAUUCUUAACUAAUAGUAAUACUACUACUACUCCUCCGGCUCCUGCUCCUGCUCCUCGUGUUGAAUCAUCAUCAUCAUCUUAUAAUAACAACAAUGCGCAACAAAAGAAGCUUUGUUUCGAGGAUUUCUUCGUGAAUUUGAGCAAUAAUUUGGCAAUCCAUCGCGUUUUCCCACAGGAUGAGAAGGAAGCUGCAAUCUUGCUAAUGGCAUUAUCUAGUGGCCUUGUUCAUGGUUGAGCACGCUCUUAAUUAAUUAAAUUAAUUAGAGUGCCAUUAUAAAAUUUUCUUGAGUUUCAUCAUAAGUUAAGAUUAUUAGAUGGAGCAGCAACAAAUUAGUAGUGUGAAAUUGAGCUAGAUUAAUACUAGUGAGAGUGAGAGGCUGUUAUAAGUCAAGCUACAAGAAUUUUAAUAAGUACUUUAGCUAGGAGUAAUAAGUUUGAUGUGUGUGGUGAAGAUCUUUGUAAGCUCACAAAUGAGAGUUUUUGAACAAGGUGACAACAAGAACAU